GCUGCGAGGAAGCAGGAGCCACUGUACUACCAUGAGCUCCAGCCAACCGGGGGCAUGCCCGUGCCAGACUGCUGCAGGGCGUCCGGCCAUCCUAUAUGCACUGCUGAGCCCCGGCUUCAGGGCCAGGCCCUCUGUCCCUCCAUCCCGCAACCACUGCCUGUGCAGGGAACAUCGGCCUGUCCGGCUCCGCACCCCUCAUCGCACCUGCCAGCAGGCCCUGGACAUUCUGGCUAAGAUGGUGGCCUUCCUUCGGAAUCUGCCAUCCUUCUGCCAACUGCCUCCUGAGGAUCAGAGACAGCUGCUGCGGAGUUCCUGGGGCCCUCUCUUCCUGCUGGGUUUGGCCCAAGACACAGUGACCUUUGAGGUGAUCGAAGCCCCAGUGCCCAGCAUACUCAAGAAGAUCCUGCUGGAGGAGCCCACCUGCGGGACAGGCAGAGGGCAGCUCCCGGACCGGCCCCAGCCUUCACUGGCUGCAGUGCAGUGGCUACAGUGCUGUCUGGAGUCCUUCUGCAACCUGGAGUUGGGCCCCAAGGAAUACGCCUAUCUGAAGGGGAUCAUCCUCUUCAACCCUGGCGUGCCAGGCCUCCAAACCUCCUCCCACAUUGGGCGCUUGCAGCAGGAGGCCCACUGGGCACUAUGUGAAGUCCUGGAGCCCUGGAGAGCAGCAGGCCAAGGCCGCCUGGCCCAAGUCCUCCUCACAGCUUCCACCCUCAAGUCCAUCCCGCCUGGGCUGCUCCGGGACCUCUUCUUCCGCCCCAUCAUUGGAGACACUGACAUCGCUGGGCUCCUGGAGGACAUGCUUUUGCUGAGGUGACGUAUCCUGGGACUGGCCAGAGAUCAGCUAUGGACUGGGCAGAAGCUGGUGGUGUUGAGCCAGACUGGCUGUAGGCCCAGGGGGUAGUCCGCAGCUCCUGGAGGGGGCAAUCUGCCCCCACAGCUCCUCAUUGCUGCUUGGCCACAGCCUGACUGCGCCUUCCUUUAGUGUGGACAUGGUGUUCCGGCUGCCUAGUGAGCCCUGGGUGCUCUCUGGAGCCUCAGGACUAAAACUGCCAUCCCCUCCUGGGCUAGCAGAGGACCCCUAGGCUGCUCGCUGGCCUGGG